AUGGCGCGAAGACGAAGACCGCCGCGGUCCGGCGCGAUCGCGGAACUGCCCCCAAUGCGCAUCCUCGGCCAGAUCGCCGCCCUACAGACGAUAUACUAUGUGGUAGCGCUGGUCCUCAUGGUUUUCACGAUGCUCGUCUCCGGUCAGCGUUUCACACUCGACCUCGUGUUCGGCUGGUCCAGCCUGCGCGGCGACAAUACUCAGGGCUGGCUGCUUGCCUUCAUAUGGCUGUGCUGCUCUGGCGCAAUUGUGGCUGCCAUGGUACUCAUCGUUUCGCGGUCAAAGCUUAUCCUCGACUUCGCAAUCACUCUACACUUCAUCCAUCUCGUCAUAGUCACCCUCAGCUCGGGCCUGGUGCCGCGGACGGCGUUCUGGUGGGGUACAAUGGUGGCAUCCUGUGCGGUCACCACCGUAGGCGGGACGUAUGGCUGCCGCUGGCGAGAGCUGCAGCCGAUCAACUUCGGCGGGCGAAGCACGGGCGCGACGAACGCGAACGGCACGGCUGGAGAUGGCUCGAGCCGGGAGCUUGGAGGAUCGCCAGGCGGUGCCGGUGACAGUCAUGGCGAUGAGGAGAUGGGUUUCUCGAGGGGACGCGGCCGUGGCCGGGGCAGAGACGGUGGGGGCGAAUAUGAAAUGGUUGGGAUCAAGGCUGGGGAGAACCGGUAG